AUUAAUGUCACAAGUUCGCAAAGGUUAACCGUGGCCAUUACAUGCUUCAUAUAAUAUAUACCAGUUUGAUUUAAACCGAGAUGGCGUUUAGACUGAUAGUUGGUUUACUGUAUUUAAUUAUAGGGUAUACUCAGACAGCAAGUAUAGGGGGCAGUUCAAAAGAUUACGAUACGAUAGUCAUCGGGCUGGGGUCAGCCGGGACCACUGCGGCUUCGACCCUGGCGCGCGCCGGCCGCAGGGUGCUGGCGCUGGAGGCGCAGGACCGAGUGGGGGGUAGGGUGCACACCGUGCCAUUUGGGGACGGCAUAAUGGAACUCGGCGCUGAAUGGAUCCACGGCACCAAGUCCAGUCGUGUGUACGAGCUAGCGUUACAGAAUAAUUUCACAGUUUUACCACAAGAUUUCGAGCCGAAAUUAUAUUAUGGAUUUAAAGGUAAAGAAGUGGACGGCGUUUUGUUUAUGGAACUAAUCAAUUACGCAUUAAAAGUACAAGGUGAAACGCCUUCUGAACCACUUCCUUUGGGGCAGUUCAUCACUGACAGAGUAUUCGACUAUUUAAAAGAGAAACAUCCGUCUGUAUUAAUGGACAAGGAGUUUUUAAAUCAAUACCUCCACUUUAUUGAUACGAUGGUCGACUCCAACGAAGGUACAACAUGCUGGAAUGAGACCACCACCGCUUCGGAGUAUGAAGAGCUGGAGGGUAACCAGUACAUGAGCUGGCACAGGCUUGGUUAUAAAACGUUCUUCGAUGUUCUGCUGAACAAACACAACAACGGCUCGGGUCUUCCGACGCUUGAUAUCGAAUUGAAGAAGGAAGUGACAAAAAUCACCUGGUCCCAGGAUCCUACGAAGAAAGUGGAAGUGAGAUGCAAGGAUGGUAGUACAUAUACAGCAGACAAUGUCAUAAUCACCGUCUCACUUGGAGUUUUAAAAGAAAGACACGAAACUCUGUUUUUACCACAUUUAAAUGAAGAGAAGACGACAGCCAUAGACAAAAUGUCGAUAGGUGUAGUGGGAAAAAUAGUAUUACUAUAUUCAGAAAAGUGGUGGCCGCAGAGCAAUGCGUUUGGAUUCAUUUGGACUCUAGAGGAAGAACAAAAAUUACCUGAUGAAGACAAAUGGUUGUAUAAUGUUACAAAUGCAUCGGAAACCAUGGGCAACACCAAUUCAUUGGUAUUUUGGAGUUGUGGGAAUACGGCGAAGUUGAUAGAAACACUACCUGAUGAUUUGGUGAAGAGAAAAGUUACAGAAUUACUCCGAAAGUUCAUAGGCCCACACAUCAACACGACUAUACCAGAACCUGUAGCUAUGUUAAGGACCUACUGGCACACAAAUCCGUACACACGCGGUACAUAUACUUACGACAACCUUCUGACCCCUCAGUACCCAACCGCCAGAUCAGACUUAGCUGAACCGAUCACCGACUCCUCCGGGAACCCUCGGAUCCUCUUUGCUGGAGAGGCUACCAAUUCUAUUCACUUCGGGACAGUUCAUGGAGCCAGUGAGACAGGAUUUAGAGAAGCGACGAGGCUUUUACAAAAAAGUAGCUAAAGUUGUCUAUGGAUAAAAAUUAAAGAUGGCGUCGUUUUAGGCUGCUGAUUAAGGAUUCCGAAAUCUUUGAUAUCUACAUAGAUUAAAUAGAUAUAGAUAGAUAAAUAUACGCAACUUUAGAAUAGUCUUAAUGUGUAGUUACAAUUUUAUUAUAUUAGUGAGAAGCAAAAUAAAAAAAUUCACCUAAA